AUGUCCCUUCAACCUUGUGUAGCUAUUCCUGAGAGCUUCAAUAAUCACGAAGAAAACAUUUUAAACACAACAGUCACGCUGCUACUUUUCUUUAUCUCAGCUCGAGUUUCGCUCUUUGCUGUCUAUCUCCUAAAUUGUCUCGCCACCAGUAUUCUGAGGAUAACCCUACGAAUAAUUGGUUUUGGGUCUAAAGGGCCUGUCAAAAAAACUCCAGCGGCAUCUAUACAAGCGCGUUUAUACGGAGGUAGAAUUCCACAGGGUGGCUCAUUCGCCUCGUCUCAGCGGGCAGGAAUGGUGAUGGGCCGAUGA